AUGGUGUUUAGUGUGACACCUUUCGGUCCUAGUUUCUGUGAGAUUCAGUACGCACAAUGUAACAUCAAAAAGGAAGACGACUAUAAUGAUGAGGAAGACGACAAUGAUGACGAGGAAGACGACGAUGAGAAUCAGCACAACACUAGAAAUGGUUUGAGGAAGAGGAAUCUAAACCCCAAAAGAGAGGCAGAGUCUUUUGAAUCAUGGGAUUACUGUUUUGUAGUAAACGUCACUGCUUCAAAUCUCAAAACGGACACAAUUAAUCUUCCAAAGAAAGCUGCGAGCUCGAAAGCUUUGAGCAGGAGAUGUGACAAUAUAAUACUAGUGAACGAAGAGGGAAACUCGUGGACUUUGAAUCUGAGAUUUAGAGAAUCAGAUGGAAGUUACUACAUGGGAGGUGGCUGGAAAAGAUUCUGUAGUGAAAACAAACAAAAAGAAGGAGAUUUGAUUGCGUUUAAUCUAGUUGGAGACGGUGAAUCUAACCCAAUGCUCUGUAUCUGUUCGUCGUAUAUGGGUAGCUUCACCAUCAUCUCCAGGACAAAACAGAUUUGUCACUCUGAGUCUCACAAGUUACAAUAUCAAAAACUCCAAACUUGUAAGCUCGUGGAUCAUGAUAAAAGAAAAGUCUUUACUCUUCCGGUAGAGUUCACAAAGAUCAAUGGCAUUAACAACAAUCACAAGAAGAUAAUUCUGGAGGAUAAACAUGGUGUGAAGCGGUUAAUCAAGUUGGUUCGAGAUGGACCAAACUAUGGAAGAAGAGGAUUGGGAAAAGGAUGGAAACUUUUCUGUAAAGCUAAUGAUGUACUGAAGUUGUUGUACUUGUAUCGUUGA